AUGAACUCCAGGGCACCGAAGAACUAUCACAACAUUCUCGAAAUCUACUCCCUCCAGGAGCUCGUCGGCUCUUUCUCAUCCGUUCGGCUUCCGGCUUCUGGGCAUUAUUCCCGUGUCUUCUCCCUUCAUAGACUUGACCCCAGGCUCAAGUUCGUCGAUGACUUCCCAGCUGUCCUCGCCGUGUGUUUUGGGGCCGACGCGACAUUGACGGCAACGGUCUGGGGCAGUAUCAGGCUCAUCCGAGACCAAGCGUCCUCGGCUGCCGAGACUCUUGAGGAUAUGCUCGACUUGCUCGAGGAGCUUAGUCUGACCUUGCCGCGCUUCCAGAUUUUUUGA